AGCAGCAAAAUGGCCCUGAGCUCCUGGUCCCCAGAGCUGGGGUUUGGCGAGAAGGCGCUGCGGGAGGCAGCCGUCUCCGCCGGCCCCUCCCUGGAGCUGUGCACCUUCCCCUCCUCCCUGGGCUCCUCGGUGGCGACCGCGACGCUGGAGCAGCUCUUCGUUGUGGAACAAUCACUACAAAGUGACUAUUUUAAAUGCAACGAAGAAGCUAAGACCUUUCUUAAGGACAUUGCUAUCGCUGUUAAGAAAUUGGAAGAAAUGAGAAAAGCCACAGUUGAUCUCCUAGAAAUUGAAAGCAUGGAACUCAGCAGACUAUAUUUUCUACUGGAAACUCUUCCCAGUAGCAUUGGCAGAGAAUUAAAAGAAUGUGUCAGAGAUGCACGCAGAUUAAAUCUUUUUGAGAUAAAUCAAAUACAGACGGACAUUACAAGGAUGAAUGAUGCAAUACAGUCUCUGAAGAUGAGAAUACUUGAUCUGAAAAGAAUUAAUGAAGCUCUAGGUGAAGAGCAAGAGAAGCUGGCGAGGGAGCAGGAAAAGUUAGUGACGGCACUCAACCACGCAAUGGGAGAAAAAGCCGCCACCACGGUUUACAGCCACGAGACUUACACCAAAAUCACCUCAGAGAGAAAAGAAAUAGAAUUGCAAAAACGACAUCUCAAAGAAAUAGAGGAACAAUUGGAAAAAGAAAAAGAGGACUAUUUGAAAAGAAAACAAAAGCUGAAUGAAGAGAUUGAGAGAUGUAAAAACUUCUGUGAAUUUAAGAGAACGGAGACUUAUAAAAAGAAGAAAGAAUUGGAUACAUUAAAACUUAAAGUGUCAAAAAUGAAAGAAACAGUUACGACCAGCACAGUGGUUCUUAGUGAUCACAAUUUAGAGAUAUCACGACUCCAAGAAUCAAUAAGACAUUGGGAACAAGAGCUCGAAGAAAUGAAGAAAUCCUGUAAGAUACUGGAGGAUAAAAUACAAUUUUUUGUAAAUACAAAAGGAAAACUGGAAGAUUCAUCUGGUAUUGAAAAAGAUGAAUUCUUGCAGAAGAUAAAGCAGAUGGCUGAGAAACUACAUAAAAAUCGUUUAGAGAACAAAGACCUACAGGAGAAAUUGCAUACUCUUACCAGGCAAUAUAAGAUUGUCUUAAGUGAGGAGGAUAAACUUUUUAUGCAGAAACAGAAAAUUUACAAUGAAAAUCAGAAACAACUGGCAUUUAUUACUCAGAAAGAAAACUUCCUAUCACAAAGAAAAGUAGACAUCAAAAAUAUGGAAGAAGGUCUUGUCACACUCCAUGAUCUUCAUCGAGCAACAAAAGCCGUUUAUCAGAAACAAAUAAAAAUCCUGAACGAUAACUUGGAAAGAGAAAAUCAGAGAUGUAUUAUAACUCAGUGGAAAGUAGCUUGUUUGCAAAAAAAACACGCACGUUGGAGGAAGAGGCUAAACAUUGAAAUAGGAGAAAUUUUAGAUAAAAUUCAGACUUCGGAAUUCAGACGCACUGAAUUAUUACAAGAGACCACUGUACGAGAAAAAGAGAUCAGUGAAUUUUUGGCAGAGAUUGAAAAAGUUACAUUGGAAUUAAAACAGGAGGAGGAGGAAUUUAUUGUCAAAGAAAAAAAGUUAAUUCAAGAGUUGAGCAAGUAUGAGAAAAGAUUUGUUGAGGAAACGCAAAGUAAUAAAGUAAAGGAAGAAGAGCUAGUCGAGUGUCUUCCACAACUUCAAGUGGCAGAAGAAGAGUACAAAAGCAAAAGUGGAAAAUUUGAAGAGCUCAGUAAUAUCAUUACAGCACAAAAGCAGGAGCAGAAUUUACUAAAUGAUUACAUUUCUCAAAUGGCAAAAGACUUUUCGAGAUAUUUUAGCAACACGGAAAAAGUGAAGCAAGAACUCAAAUACUUACGAGAUCAAGAAAGCCAUAAGAUUAAAAAUCAUUUUGAAACUCUAAAGAACUUAGAAAAUGAAAUCUAUGUGCAUGACUUAAAAGUAAAUGUUUUGCUCCUGGAAAAUGAAAAAUUAAGAAAAUAUAUUGCAUACAUGAAGAACAAGAUAGAGCAAUACAGAAAAGGAGAAGACCACCUCAAGUCCAUGUCAAGUGACCUGUCUUGUCAACUGACGGCUCAUCAGACACAGUAUUUGGAUUUGUGGGCUGAAUUUCAGACUACAGUUAAGGAACUGGUAAACAGUGGUGAUGAGAUUUUGCAAGAAAUAAAAAACCUGAUAGAGAAGCUGAAGGAAAGAGAUGAAAACAUUGAGCGUAUCAGCACUUGGCUACAAGGGAAUCUUGAAGAGCUGCAUUUUCUUAUGGAACAGGAAUCAGAACUGGACCUCCAUAAAAAGAAGAAACACAUUCCUUUCAAAAAAGUCCAUCCCCAGGGGGUUGAAUGUACUAUGAAAAACAUUAACAAAGAAAAACUAAAAUAA